GAUCUUUGUCACCCAGCACCAAUGCCAUUGGAUCACCUUGCCUCUAUCUCUCUCUGCGUCCAUAGUAGAGAGACUCUCAAUUCUUGAAUUUACUCUCUCUCUCCGUGUUUGUUCAACAAGCAAUAAUCAAGAAAAGAAAUGGAGGCAAUGAAGAUGAAGCUCUUCGUGGCAAUGAUGGUGGUGCUGAUGGCCGCUGCCACCGUGCAGAAGGCAGCCGCCGCUGAGGCCCCGGCGCCGAGCCCCGCCUCUGAUGCGGCCGUCUUUGUCCCCACCCUCUUUGCAUCCAUUGCCGCUCUUGCUUUUGGGUUGCUUCUUUGAAGUGUCUCCAAAUUCAUGCACUCAUCCGACCGAGCAGAAAAAGCAAUGGCCACUUAGAUCAUAGAAUGGUUGCACAUUUCACCCUGCACCCUCAUUUUUAUUUAUUUUGAUUUAUGAUAUGUAUUCUCCCUGGGCUCACAUCUCUUUCUCAUUUAUUCUUUUGUAUACACGCAUGAGAGUCUUGGGGUUGUCACAGGUUUCUGAUGAUUUGGUGUUCAUGAUGUGAUUGCUGAGAUCUGCUUUUAGUUUGGUGUGUUUGGAGGGGACUUUGUAUUAUACUAAGCAUUGAUGAGUAUAAGAAUUCUAUUGUGAUCAUUUUGCAUAGGGAAUGUGAGUAUAUUUGUCUUUAGAUUAAUAAGGAGAUUAUGGAGAGACAUGUGAUGUGAGGGUGUCUGUAGACACAAUCCCAUUCUCGUCUUUCUUCUUGUAAUAUGUUCCUCAUGUUCUUCUCAUUUGUGUAUCUUGGAGGAUUCAUUUGUCGUUGUAAUAAAAUUCUUUCAUUUUGUAUUUA